UCCGCCCCUUCCGCUCUUUGACCGCCGGAAGUUGGAAGCACGUUGCCGCCGCGUUGCUGUUUGGAGGUUCAUUUGGUUUUCCUCCGUGAAGCUUCCGGGCCGAGGGGACCGUACGACUUCAUAACCGGGCAUAAAAUGACUGAACCAGAAGUAAACCCCAAAGCCUAUCCAUUGGCUGAUGCUCAGCUUGCAAAGACCCUUCUGGACCUUGUGCAGCAGGCUGCCAAUUACAAGCAGCUCCGCAAAGGGGCUAAUGAAGCCACAAAAACUUUAAACCGAGGGAUUUCAGAGUUCAUCGUAAUGGCAGCUGACGCAGAACCACUCGAGAUCAUUCUUCACCUUCCUCUGCUCUGUGAGGAUAAGAACGUCCCCUAUGUCUUUGUGCGUUCUAAGCAGGCAUUGGGAAGAGCCUGUGGUGUCUCAAGACCAGUUGUUGCAUGUUCGGUUACUAUUAAGGAAGGCUCCCAGUUAAAGCCCCAGAUCCAAAGUGUCCAGCAAGCUAUUGAGAGACUGCUGGUGUAAUUUUUUUUUCUUGAAAUUAACGAUGGCUCCGUGCUGUAAUGCAUUGUACAUUUUCUUUUUUUU